AUGCCUCGACGACCUGCGCUGCUGCCUCUGCCUCCUCUGCUCGAUGACCUGUGCUGUUGCCGCAGCACCUUCUGGCUUCAAACUUCAGACUUCAGUUUCCAGACUUCAGUUAUCAACCUGGUAAGAAACAAAAUAAAAAAACCUUCCAGUAGCUCCUUAGAGACCAACUCAGCUUGUUAUUGGUAUGAGCUUUCGUGUGCAUGCACGCUUCUUCAGAUACAAAGUACAGUGGUACCUCGGGUUAAGUACUUAAUUCGUUCCAGAGGUCUGUUCUUAACCUGAAAUUGUUCUUACCCUGAAGCACCACUUUAGCUAAUGGGGCCUCCUGCUGCUGCCGCGCCGCCGGAGCACGAUUUCUGUUCUCGUCCUGAAGCAAAGUUCUUAACCUGAAGCACUAUUUCUGGGUUAGCGGAGUCUGUAACCUGAAGCGUAUGUAACCCGAGGUACCACUGAAUCAACCUGGUAAGAGUUUUGGAUGUGCAUGUGGCUAACUCCCACAAUCCUCCCUGCGACUUGCACCCACAACACUCCAAUAUUUGCUGAUCAGGGACAUUAUAUGUGCCCUUGAAUGUGGUAUAGAUUUUUAUCCUUGAAAAGGUGGGCAGGGGCAAGAGACUUUUAUUGAUUUGAGAUCUUUCCUUAGCAGUCCCAAUCGUUGGGCAGAAAAUAUUGAAUUGCAAGUAAGCCCUCCUUACAACACAUUUACCUGUGUUAUGUUACAAAAACAGGGCAGAUAUGAUAUGUUGAAAAACAGGGCUUCAAAUGCAGUACUUAAACUACUAUUUAGUUAAGAGUUGUACAGGUCUGUGGAAAUGUAAAGAAACUGAAGGUACAUUCUUUCACCUUUGGUGGACGUGCCCAAGGAUUAAGGUUUUCUGGGAGAUGAUUUAUAAUGAAUUAAAAAAGGUAUUCAAAUAUACCUUCUUGAAGAAACCAGAGGCCUUUCUCCUGGGCAUAGUCGGCCAAUCGGUGUUAAAGAAGGACAGAACUUUCUUUAUGUAUGCUACAACAGCAGCAAGAAUACUUAUUGCAAAGCAUUGGAAGACACAAGACCUACCCACACUGGAAGAAUGGCAGAUGAAAAUGAUGGACUACAUGGAACUGGCGGAAAUGACUGGCAGAAUCCGAGACCAGGGAGAAGAGUCGGUGGAAGAAGAUUGGAAGAAAUUUAAAGACUAUUUACAGAAAUAUUGCAAAAUUAAUGAAUGUUAGAAUGAUGUUGGAUUGAAGUUAAGUGGUUUCUAGCCGUAAUGGUAUAAAAGAAUAUGGAAAAAUUGGAUUUUCAAUACGUAAAAACCUAAUGCUAUAAUAUAUUAAGAUUAAAGAUCAGGAUAAAAUAAGGAGGGAAAGGAAUUGCUGAACUAAUAAAUUGACCUGGAAUACAAAAAAGGGAGGCAUGAGGAGGUCCGGGAAACAAGUAAAUGAAAGAUAAGUGAUGAAAACAUGGAAUUGUUUUUAAUUGCUUUUUUUUUGUAUUUUGUAUUUUUCUUUUCUCUAUUUUUCUUUUUCUUAUCUAUGUAACCUUUUUUUGAAACUUUAAUAAAUAUCAUUUUAAAAAAAAGAGUUGUACAGGUCUGUAGCACUCCUAGGUAUCUUGAUUUCUGUACAAAAAAACCAACCCUUAGUGGCACACAGAACUGGAAGUGUGGUUGUGUCUAGAUCUCUUCAGAGGAAAGCUGUUGUAAAAACAGGGUUGCACUAUGCAAAUUCUGAAAUAAAAGCACUGUGCUGUAGUUUAUUGAUGCUGUGUUGAAGGCAAACAUUGUUGUUUAUCUCUGUUGUUUAUCUUUAGAUAACAUCAAAUAUUUGUGAGAAAUUGAAGACUAGGAGCGCUUCUUUGCAGAUUGGGUUUGUAAAGAAGGUAUACUGACAACUUAAAGGUAUCUGGCAAAUACUUACACUGAAUGAGCAGGAAUGACAGUUGCAUAUUGGAAGCUUUCUAUUGUGAUUGAUGCAUGCACAUUCUUUAAAGUGACGGAGAAGAUUAUAUGUUAGAAAUACUUACACAAAUAAGCGUUAUUUCUAACAUAAUCCUAACGCUUACACAAAUAAGUGUAUUCAUUUUGAAUGCUCAUUGCAUUCACCACUUGCUUCUGACCUGCUAAUUUCAUUUUCAUUGCUUUUUGCAUAAUUCAUAUAUCACAAUAAUAAUAAAAGUGUAUGUUGCAAAGUGCACUCUGGGACAAUAUUUUGAUGUUGUUUUAGGUGUGGAAAAUCUGCUCUAUAAGCUCUUAUUCCAUUUUUUUGAUUAAAUAUCAUCUAAAAUUUCCACAACUUACUCUAACAAAUGUUGUAUUUUUAAAUAUGUACAAAAUUGAUAUAUUUCAUUGACCCAUUUGAACAAAAAGGUCAUCAGCCACCUUAUUUGUGUAAGUACUGGAUUUAUUUACAAGGUCAAAACAGCCCCACUUGUGAGUGGAAAAUGCUUCUGAUGGGUAGAGGAGAGGGAUUUCCCAUUUUUUUAUUUUCAAUCUCAACUCUUUGUACCUUCUCAGUCCUGCUCGGAAGGGUCCCCUGAACUUCAAGAGCAUUUCCCCCCCAAACCCGGGGAUGAGAGACCUCAGUGCCUGCAUGGAAUAUGAUGCAUGUCUGCAAGGAUCUCAUCCAAAAGGGAUGUGCUGGACAAUUCCUUUUUUGCCAAAAAAAGGUCUUCAAACUAAUCUGGCCACUUUUCCUUAGAAAAACAUGUAUUUAGAGAGAAAUGUUGUAUGACCUGAACAUGACCCCAGUUGUAACAAAAUGAAGAUUGACUUAAACUGCCAAAUUCCUUAUUAUAUGUGUUACUCAUUUUUAGAGCUGGUUAAAGUGUUUGGUAUGUUUUCCCAUCUGUUUAAUGUCAUUCCUUAAAAAUAAAUGGGGAAAUGGCUGAUCUAAAUAACAGUCUUUCUUCCAAAUAUAUUAGACUAGUACAAAAACCAACCACAAGGUACCAAAAUCAACAUAUUUUAAUGUGUGCAUCCUUUAUCCAUCUUAAUGUGGUAAGUACAUUUCUUUUAUUUUCAAAAAUAGAUAAUUUUUUAGAGUAUUCUGUGUUUCACAUGCUGAUGUGUUUUGUUGCUGUGGUUUUGGUCACAUGGCGUUUUGUGCUUUCCAAAGAUUUCUGAGUACUGAUAAGCUACAUUUUAAACCUUUCCAGUUGCAAAUAGGAUCAGUCAGGACCAGUCUCUUGUGUACAAGUAUUUUGGGCCUUGUGGAGUAUGAGCCAUCUAACCUUCAAAUUGGUGGUUUUCAGCCUUUCAAGGAUACUAUUUCCACACUGACAUCUGCUGAGCAAUUGCUUCGCGCUGCUGGAGACUCUGACGUGUUCUGGCGCUCACGCUUAGCAUGCAUUGCUCCUUACCAAUCCUGUUCGAUCCCACCAUCGAGCUGCAGGAAUUGAGGGCCCCUCCCUAGAACACAUGCACACUUUCCUGGAGCUGCACACAGCAGCAGAAAACUGGCAGUGACUGGCAAGCUAUUCUUUGGCAAGCUUGCCUACCUGGAAGAAUUGGUUAACAAACUUCGGAAUACUGUAGCAUCUUUGUUCGCCAAAGUGCAGAGAAUAUGCAGCCUUCAUUCAUUUAGGUCUCCAUACUUAGCUGGUAAUAUCAAUUUACGUUCUGCAGAAGAAGGCUCAUAUGGGAUGCUGUAUAGCUUGGUACUGAAUGUCUCCAGCAGUUGCAUAAAUAGCCUCUAUUUUUUUUUUUUAAUGAUAUUUAUUGAGAAUUUUAAAGUUACAAAGAAAAAUGAAGGAAAAAUAAGAAAAAAGAGAAAAAGAAAGAAAAGAAUAGAUAAAAAUAACAAUUAAACAAUACAAAUCAAUAAAAACCAAAAUCAAAAAGAAAAAACAAAACACACAAUACAACAAUCAAAAAACAAAAAUAUACAACAUAUUUAAAAACAAAUCCAAUUUUCCCAAAUCCUUAACUUUCAUUAACUUAUUUCAUCGACCUCCUCACACCUCCCUUUUUUGUAUUCUAGUUGUUAAUUAUCUCAGCAAAUCCUUUCCAUCUUUCACACCUUUCCCCCCCUGAGAAGACAUUUCUUUGGCAACAAUCAAGGCUUCUUCUCAGAAUGAGAGCCAAUGUGGUGUAGUGGUUAAGAGCGGUGGACUGGAACUCUGGUGACCCGGGUUCACUUCCCGCUCCUCCACCUGCAGCUGCUGGGUGACCUUGGGCCAGUCAUACUUCUCUGAAGUCUCUUAGCCUCACUCACCUCACAGGGUAUUUGUUGUGGGGAGGAAGGGAAAGGAGGUUGUGAGCCGCUUUGAGACUCCUUAGGGUAGUGAUAAAGCGGGAUAUCAAAUCCAAACUCGUUUUUCUUCUUCUUCUUUUUCUUCAGAGCAUGAUUUAUCCAAGCACCGGGUCCUGUGCCGUGUUGAAGAAGAAAGAAAGUGACAAAAAUAACAAGAAGUCGAAAAGGGAAAAGAAGAAGAAAGAAAAGGCUAGACUGAAUGAGGCUAGGCUGAAUGGAAAUCUCUUUGGUGAAAGAGACCAUCUGUGAACUGUGUGGGAAUCCCACCCAUACCCAAUGAUGUACCACAUGAGACAAGCUCAUCCAGGUAAGAUGCUCGUUUCAUGAAAGUGAUUUUUUGCAUCAUGCAAAGGACCCUUGCUGCAUAUGGUCAAGAGAAUGGGAACUGACCCUGAGGUGUUUGAGGGCUAAGCUAUGGACAUGAUGGCAGCAGUCGUGUUUUGUUUCAUCAUGUGUUUGCCCCGUUCACGUAAAAACCAAAGAACAUGGGAUAUGUGGGAGACAGAUGGACCGGAAUUGGGUCGGCCACUUUUGUCCGGUAGGAGGGACAACACGUUUUUUGAUCACCACAUUGUGAUCUUGCAGUAGAUACAUCGGACUUGAACUUUACCACCCAUCACGUGAUGGAUGGUGAUUUCAACCCUGAUUUCCGUAGGAGCCACGUCUGUGUGCCCCACACCUGAUGUCACAUAUUAUAGGACAGGUGGGUGUGGUUUGGAGAAAACAGCCUUACAUGGCAAUUUGAGACCUGUGCUGGCCUAAAUUUGGCUCACAGGCCAAAGGUUUGCAACCCCUGCUUUGAAGACUAAUGGAUUUUUGUUGUUUAGUCAUUUAGUCGUGUCCGACUCUUCGUGACCCUAUGGACCAGAGCACGCCAGGCCCUCCUGUCUUCCACUGCCUCCCGCAGUUUGGUCAAACUCAUGCUGGUAGCUUCGAGAACACUGUCCCACCAUCUCGUCCUGUUGUCCCCUUCUCCUUGCAUCCUCCACCUUUCCCAACAUCAGGGUCUUUUCCAGGGAGUCUUCUCUUCUCAUGAGGUGGCCAAAGUGUUGGAGUCUCAGCUUCAGGAUCUGUCCUUCCAGUGAGCACUCAGGGCUGAUUUCCUUCAGAAUGGAGAGGUUGGAUCUUCUUGCAGUCCAUGGGACUCUCAAGAGUCUCCUCCAGCACCAUAAUUCAAAAGCAUUAGUUCUUUGGCAAUCAGCCUUCUUUAUGGUCCAGCUCUCACUUCCAUACAUCACUACUGGGAAAACCAUAGCUUUAACUAUACUGACCUUUGUCGGCAAGGCGAUGUCUCUGCUUUUUAAGAUGCUGUCUAGGUUUGUCAUUGCUUUUCUCCCAAGAAGCAGGCGCCUUUUAAUUUCGUGGCUGCUGUCACCAUCUGCAGUGAUCAUGGAGCCCAAGAAAGUAAAAAACUUCUGGGAGUUCUCGGUCCAUAUACUGCUUGAGCCUUCCUUGUAGAAUUUUAAGCAUAACCUUGCUAGCGUGUGAAAUGAGUGCAAUUGUGCGGUAGUUGGAGCAUUCUUUGGCACUGCCCUUCUUUGGGAUUGGGAUGUAGACUGAUCUUCUCCAGUCCUCUGGCCACUGCUGGGUUUUCCAAACUUGCUGGCAUAUUGAGUGUAGCACCUUAACUGCAUCAUCCUUUAAAAUUUUAAAUAGUUCAGCUGGAAUACCAUCACUUCCACUGGCCUUGUUAUUUGCAGUGCUUUCUAAGGCCCAUUUGACUUCACUCUCCAGGAUGUCUGGCUCAAGGUCAGCAACCACACUACCUGGGGUGUACAAGCCAUCCAUAUCUUUCUGGUAUAAUUCCUCUGUGUAUUCUUGCCACCUCUUUUUGAUGUCUUCUGCUUCUGUUAGGUCCUUACCACUUUUGUCCUUUAUUAUGGUAAUCUUUGUACGAAAUGUUCCUUUCAUAUCUCCAAUUUUCUUGAACAAAUCUCUGGUUCUUCCCAUUCCGUUGUUUUCCUCUAUUUCUUUGCAUUGCUCGUUUAAGAAGGUCUUUUUGUCUCUCUUUGCUAUUUUUUGGAAAUCUGCAUUCAAUUUCCUGUAUCUUUCACUAUCUCCCUCACAUUUUGCUUGCCUUCUCUCCCCCGCUAUUUGUAAGGCCUUGUUGGACAGCCACUUUGCUUUCUUGCAUUUCCUUUUCAUUGGGAUGGUUUUCGUUACUGCCUCCUGUAUAAUGUUGCGAGCCUCCAUCCAUAGUUCUUCAGGCACUCUGUCCAGCAAAUCUAAAUCCUUAAACCUGUUCCUCACUUCCACUGUGUAUUCAUAAGGGAUUUGAUUUAGAUUGUAUCUUACCGGCCCAGUGGUUUUUCCUACUUUCUUCAUUUUAAGCCUGAAUUUUGCUAUAAGAAGCUGAUGAUCUGAGCCACAGUCAGCUCCAGGUCUUGUUUUUGCUGACUGUAUAGAGCUUCUCCAUCUUUAGCUGCAGAGAAUAUAAUCAAUCUGAUUUCGAUGCUGCCCAUCUGGUGAUGUCCAUGUGUAGAGUCGUCUCUUGUGUCGUUGGAAAAGAGUGUUUGUGAUGACCAGCUUGUUCGCUUGACAGAACUCUAUUAGCCUUUGCCCUGCUUCGUUUUGAUCUCCAAGGCCAAACUUGCCAGUUGUUCCUUUUAUCUCUUGACUCCCUACUUUAGCAUUCCAAUCCCCUAUAAUGAGAAGAACAUCCUUCUUUGGUGUCACUUCUAUAAGGUGUUGUAAGUCUUCAUAGAAGUGGUCACUUUCAGUUUCUUCAGCACCAGUAGUUGGUGCAUAAACUUAGAUUACUGUGAUGUUAUAAGGUCUGCCUUGGAUUUGUAUCGAGAUCAUUCUAUCAUUUUUGAGAUUGCAUCCCAGUACAGCUUUUGCCACUCUUUCGUUGACUAUGAGGGCCACUCCAUUUCUUUUAUGGGUUUCUUGCCCACAGUAGUAGAUAUGAUGGUCAUCCGAACUGAAUUCGCCCAUUCCUGUCCAUUUUAGUUCACUGAUGCCCAGGAUGUCAAUAUUUAUUCUUGCCAUCUCAUUUUUGACCACAUCCAACUUACCCAGGUUCAUGGUUCUUACAUUCCAGGUUCCUAUGCAAUAUUUUUCUUUACAGCAUUGGACUUUCCUUUCGCUUCCAGGCAUAUCCACAACUGAGCGUCCUUUCGGCUUUGGCCCAGCCGCUUCAUCAGCUCUGAAUCUACUUGUACUUGUCCUCCGCUCUUCGCCAGUAGCAUGUUAGACACCUUCCGACCUGAGGGGCUCAUCUUCCAGCGUCAUAACUUUUAUAUGCCUGUUGUCUUUGUCCAUGGAGUUUUCUUGGCAGGGAUACUGGAGUGGCUUGCCGGUUCCUCCUCCAGGUGGAUCACGUUUGGUCCAAACUCUCCACUAUGACCUGUCCAUCUUGGGUGCCCUGCUUGGCAUAGUUCAUAGCUUCUCUGAGUUAUUCAAGCCCCUUCGCCACGGCAAGGCAGUGAUCCAUGAAGGGGAAUUCUAACAGUAGAUUCAUCCAAAGGCCAAAUGGUGGGUGACUGACAGCAUGUGCCCCUAAACUGUAGUUCUAACUUGGAGGUAGACAAUGGCUUCAGUUGAAGAGAGUCCUUUCUUUCUUUCUUUUUUUUACUAUAAUUAAUUAAUAUACUAAUACUAUUAAUUACAUUCCCUCCAAGGAGCUCAAGGUGGUUUCUAUCUUCUCCUCCUCACCCACAGCGAGCUGCAUUUCUGAGUGAGGGAUUUGAACCCUGGUCUCUCCCCAGGUCACAGCCAGAUCCUUGAUCCACAGUGGUUCUCGUCUUUAUAAAAAGCCUCCACCUAAAGGAGCUACGUGUUUGUUGCCUGGGAUCCUGUAAGGCAGGGAAGUGAUUUUGCCGCAAUGGAGCGUGGAGCCGUGUGUGAAUCCAGUCCCAGCAAAACAUCUUUGGGUGCCGUUGCAAAGUCCCGUAGACUCUCCCACUCGGUCUGAGUUAAUUCCGUAACAAUCCGAAGUAACAAUCUGGGUGACAAUCUGUCCACAAGCAGCAGGACUGAGAGCCCUCCGUGAACUCAUUCUCUCUCUCUCUCUGCCCCACUUUUAGCAAAUACAGAUCUUUGGGAAUAUCCAGUACCUCCUUCAAGAUCACCCUAGUCGUGUGCCUAACAAGUAAGCAGAUCACUGUGUUAUGGGGUUUGGGUUUGGGUUUGGGGCAGCUGCUACAAGGAAGGUGCACAGUCAGAUGUGAAACACGCCAAUUCACUCUUGAGCUGAAGGGAGCCUGAAUUUGACUUACCCCAACCUGAAUGAGCAAGGGACACAGGUGGCGCUGUGGGUUAAACCACUGAGCCUCUUGGGCUUGCCGAUCAGAAGGUUGGCGGUUCAAAUUCCUGCGACGGGGUGAGCUCCUGUUGCUCGAAAGCACAUCAAAGUGCAAGUAGAUAAAUAGGUCCCACUCUGGUGGGAAGGUAAAUGGCGUUUCCGUGCGCUGCUCUGGUUCGACCAGAAGCAGCUUAGUCAUGCUGGCCACAUGACCCGGAAGCUGUACGCCGGCUCCCUCGGCCAAUAAAGGGAAGGGCAACCUUUUUAAACUCUUUGCUUUCUCCAUGCCAUCUCUUCCUCCCCACAGUGAGCCUGACCCACGCCUACCCCAAGCUGGCCCCCAACCGACCCCCCAGACGGCUCCUCUCCCCACCGCUCCUGCUCUCCAUCAUCCUCAACAUCCUCUUCACCCUCACCGUCCAGGUCUUCGCCUUCCUGUAUGUGAAGCAGCAGCCCUGGUACUCUGUCCUGUGCAGCCACAGGUGAGGUCCCCAUCCAAAGAGCGCUCCUCCCAGGGAGAGGCUUAGAGGUGGGCUGGGGUGGGUGGCCAGGGGGUGCCAUUCCCUCUUGCUGGUGUCUAAGAGUAGAGGCUCCCCUUAUUCCCAGAGGCAGCAGUGGGAGGGUGGGGGCAAAUUUGAAGCUCACCCAGGCUUCCUCUGCUCAUGGAGAAUACCCCCAAUUUGCUCACGGGGAAGUCAUACGAGAUCCUCUCUCGGUGGAGCCUUCCUUCUGAUCUGUUUGUGGGGAGCUUAGAUGCCUCAUCCUUUUGAGCUGCAAAGUAUCUCCUUAAAAGAAAGAAUUGGGAGGUGGUGCUGGGUGCUGAAGGGUCAACAGGGUUUAGUGAGCAGGAAGAACCUGUGACGGGGGGCAGUUCAGACUCUGAGGCUAGAGCAGAGGAGUGGGUUCAAGAGGCUGCUGCAGAAUCCAGAGAGGCUGUGAUAUGUGAUCCAUGAGAGGCAGUCAAGUACAACAUUCAUUCUAAUGCUAGAGAAGACAUGCAGGGGAAUGUUUGGUCCAGCCAGUUGAAACUUCCUGUUCCUCCUGGCUGGAGCAUCCUUGCUUUGCAUGUGACUAAAGGUGAGCUUCACCAAACCUGUCCAGGUAACAAAAGGACGAAUCACCUCUGUCCUUUCGAUUCCCAUCUUUGUUUGACCAGCUUCUAGCUAGGACUGCUCUGCUAGCUCUCAGCUAGCAGAAGCACUGGGAUUGUUCCCCCAUAUGGGGUAGAUCCACAUGUACAUAUUUGUAAAUAAGUCUGCCUUCAGGAAUCCAACUGUGAACUGAUGCUCUAAACAUCUUUCAUCAUCUUUGAAUAAGACUGUGGCAUCUUUAUACUUUUAAGAGGGAUUCAAGAGAAGUUACCACGAACGUACAAUUCAAUCUGAGACAGACUGAAUUGUAUGUUGGAGGGGGAGAUUUCCAGCUGGUGGCAGAGGACAGAGUGACUCCAGGAGACAUAGGUGUAAAAACCCAAACUAUAACGAAGACUUUAUUACAAAAUAAUAAACACAAACUCUGGUGGGUGUUAUUCCUGCAGGCAGGCUACAAAACUCAGCUUUUUUCCUUUAUAGCAAUGGCCAGCUGCAGCCAAUUAACCCCAGAAACUUCUUAAAGGUAUACACACAUGUUUCUGUGCCGAAUGUCCCCUAACACCCCUCUCAUUCAAACAGAAACAGAAACAGUACUUUAAACAUAUACAGACAUAUUUACACAUCACACACAACAAUUCCUAAUUUUGUCACCAGUUGUGCAUGUUUUUCAAAAGUUAGUGCUUUUGUAAAUACAUAAGCCACAUUUUGCAUACUCUCACAAUACUUUUUUUUUUAAAUGAUAUUUAUUAAAGUUUCACAAAAAUACAGAAAACAAAGAAAAAAGUAUAAAUUACAGCAAAAAAGUAAAAAGUAAGAAAAAACAUACAAAAUAAAACAAUUAAAAACACAAUGAUGUUCCAUAACCUAUCUUCCUUACUCUUAUUUCCCCAGACCUCCUCAUACCUCCCUUCUUUGUAUUCCAAUUCAGUUUGUUGGUUCAGCAAAUCCUUACCAUUAAUCUUUUACCCAAUUGUUAACCUUUUUUUUCAUGUCUCUUAAAGCAUUACAGCUAAAAACCUCUUAAUUUCUAUCCAACAUCCUUCUAAAGUUCCUUAAUUUUACAAUAUUUCUGUAAAUAGUCCUUAAAUUUUUUCCAAUCUUCUUUCACCGACUCUUCUCCCUGGUCUCGGAUUCUGCCAGUCAUUUCCGCCAAUUCCAUGUAGUCAAUCACCUUCAUCUGCCAUUCUUCCAAAGUGGGUAGAUCUUGUGUCUUCCAAUACUUUGCGAUAAGUAUUCUUGCUGCUGUUGUAGCAUACAUGAAAAAGGUUCUGUCCUUCUUUGGCACCAGUUGGCCGACAAUGCCCAAGAGAAAGGCCUCUGGUUUCUUCAGAAAGGUAUAUUUAAAUACCUUUUUCAGUUCAUUGUAUAUCAUUUCCCAGAAAGCCUUAAUCUUUGGGCACGUCCACCAAAGGUGAAAGAAUGUACCUUCAGUUUCUUUACAUUUCCAACAUUUAUUAUCGGGCAAAUGAUAAAUUUUUGCAAGCUUGACUGGGGUCAUGUACCACCUGUAUAUCAUUUUCAUAAUAUUCUCUCUUAAGGCAUUACAUGCCGUAAACUUCAUACCUGUGGUCCAUAACUGUUCCCAGUCAGCGAACAUAAUGUUAUGUCCAACAUCUUGUGCCCAUUUAAUCAUAGCAGAUUUCACCGUUUCAUCCUGAGUAUUCCAUUUCAACAGCAAGUUAUACAUUCUUGACAAAUUUUUAGUUUUGGGUUCUAACAAUUCUGUUUCUAAUUUUGACUUUUCCACUUGGAAGCCUAUUUUCUUAUCCAAGUUAUAUGCCUCCAUUAUCUGAUAGUAGUGGAGCCAAUCUCUCACUUUAUUUUUUAAUUUUUCAAAACUCUGCAGUCUCAAUUUAUCUCCUUCUUGCUCCAAAAUUUCUCAAUAUGUCGGCCAUUUGGCCUCCAUAUUGAGCCUUUUCAGAGCUUUUGCUUCCAUUGAUGACAGCCACCUUGGGGUUUUAUUUUCCAAUAAGUCUUUGUAUCUUAUCCAGACAUUAAACAAUGCUUUCCUAACAAUAUGAUUUUUGAAUGCUUUGUGUGCUUUGACCUUAUCAUACCAUAAAUAUGCAUGCCAUCCAAAUACAUUGUUAAAACCUUCUAAAUCCAAAAUGUCUGUGUUUUCAAGAAGUAGCCAUUCUUUCAGCCAGCAAAAAGCUGCUGAUUCAUAAUAAAGUUUAAGGUCUGGCAGGGCAAAUCCACUUCUUUCCUUAGCGUCAGUUAAUAUCUUAAAUUUUAUUCUGGGCUUCUUGCUCUGCCAGACAAAUCUAGAAAUAUCUCUCUGCCACUUCUUGAAACAGUCCAUCUUAUCUACAAUUUGUAAUGUCUGAAACAAAAACAACAUUCUAGGCAAUACAUUCAUCUUUAUCACAGCAAUACGGCCCAGCAACGAGAGUUUCAAAUUUGACCAAAUUUCUAAAUCUUUUUCACUUCCGUCCAACAUUUUUCGUAAUUAUCUUUAAAUAAGUUCCCAUUUUUGGCUGUCAUAUUAAUCCCCAAGUAUUUCACUUUCUUUACCACAUUCAAUCCUGUCUCAUUCUGAAACCUCUCUCUUUCAAUCGGUGUUAAGUUUUUCUCUAAAACCUUAGUUUUUAACUUGUUCAAUUUAAAACCUGCCACCUGACCAAAUUCCUGAAUUAAUUCUAAAACUCUUUUAGUACUAGAUUCUGGCUCCUGUAACGUCAAUACUAGGUCAUCUGCAAAUGCUCUCAAUUUGUACUGUUUAGCUCCGACCUGUAUGCCCUUAACCAACCGGUCCUUUCUAAUCAUAUUUAGCAAAACCUCCAGGACCGAUAUAAAGCAGUGGGGAAAUUGGGCACCCCUGUCGUGUCCCUUUUUCUAUCUUAAAUUCUUCCGUAACCACAUUAUUUACAAUUAAUUUAGCCUUUUGUUCAGAGUAUAUUGCACCUAUACCAUUUUCAAAACCUUGGCCUACCCCCAUCCCAUGCAGAUUCUUCUUCAUAAAACUCCAAGAGAUAUUAUCAAAAGCUUUCUCCGCGUCAACAAAUAUCAAUACUGCUUUGGUGUUUAUAUUCACUUCUAAUUUUUCCAAAAUAUCAAUUAUAUUCCUCAAGUUAUCAGACAGAUGUCUUCCCGGAGAAAGCCCGCUUGGUCUUUAUGAAUCUCUUUCAUCAAUAUUUUUUUCAAUCUCUUGGCCAAAAUGUCUGCAAAAAUUUUGUAAUCCACAUUAAGUAACGAUAUAGGGCGAUAGUUCUUAAGCUGAGUCUUUUCAGUCUCUGUUUUCGGUAUAAGUGUGAUGUACGCCUCUUUCCACGAUUCUGGUGCCCUUUUCCCUCCAGUAUUUCAUUGCAGACUUCCUUCAAAGGUUGCAGUAACCACUCUUUCAAAGAUCUAUAGUAUCUGGAAGUCAGCCCGUCCGGUCCUGGAGAUUUGCCCAAUUGCAUAUUUUGUAUGGCACCUUCUACUUCCUGUUCAGAUAUUUUAUAGUUCAGCACACAAUACUUCAGCAUUAUCAGGUUUUGCUUCACAUUCUCAGCCACAUUUUGAAAUUUAAUUUCUAAAUGUUUGGAUUUGUUUCUAAACUGCUCAGACCCAGCCAAAGUUAUUACAGCUUGAUUGUCUUCCCAUAUUUGAACUGGAUAAUCACAUUGUAUAUCUAAAUCCUUGAGGAUCUGAACAUAAAAUUUUAUUUCAUUACACAACUCUGAUAAAGCACAGUAUUCAGCCUCUGUUGAAGAUGUGGCCACGAUACCUUGCUUUUGGACUUCCAACCGAUCAAGGAAUCCCCAAACUGAAAUACCAUUCCAGAAAUUGAUUUUCUAUCAGGCAGGUUGGCCCAAUCGCUGUCAACGUAACACUGCAAUUUUGUAGACCCUGAAGAUGGUAGUCUUAAACAAUAAUCAAGUGUUUGCUUUAAAUACCAGAAAAUACGUUUUAAAACUUUCCAGGCAUUUUCUGUGGGACAGCUUACUAGUCUGCUCAGUAUUCCAAUUGCAUAACUCAAAUCUGGUCUACUCCACAAUGAAAUGUAUAGUAAACUUCCAACUAUUGAAUGGUACAUUUCAGGACUUACAGGUUCUGUGCAUUCUCCUUCAUCCUUGAAAAAACCUAUUUCCAUUGGGGUUUUACUCCCUUGCAGUUUUGCAUAUUGUUUCUUUCAAGUAACUCCAUUAUUUUGUCUUUUUGACUCAACAAAAAACUUCCAUCGUUUGUUCUUUGAAUUUCUAGACCGAGAUAAUUUUUUACUGGACCCAAAUCUCUUACUUUAAAUUCCUUUCUUAGUUGUUCUGCAAACUUUUCCACUUGCUUGUCACCUUUUGUAGAGUAAAGCAAAUCAUCAACAUAAGACAGACAUAAUUCUUGUUUAUCACCCUUUCCUUUAGUGUACAAGCAGUUAUCAGCUAAGCUUCUUUUAAAGCCAAGAUUUUUUAAAGCAUUAUCAAGACACUCGUUCCAAUUUCUAGCUGACUGUUUGAGCCCAUAAAUUGCUUUGUUCAGCCUAUAUACAGAAUUCUGUUCGCCUGCCUCAAAACCUGGCACUUGAUUCAUAAAAAUUUCUUCUUGCAGAUUUGCGUUAAGAUAAACUGUCUCAAUAUCAAAAUGGUUUACCUUAAACCCACGUUGUGCUGCAAGAGCUAGCAAUAAGCGUACACUUUCGCUCCUUGCAGUAGGAGAAAAGGUUUCAUCAAAGCUUUCACUUUUUCUUUGAGUAAAGCCUCGUGCUACCAGCCUAGCUUUGUACGUAACACCACCAUCUGCCAAGUGUUUUAUUUUAUACACCCAUCUACAGCCCACUACCUUUUUUCCUUCUGGCAAUGGCUCAAUGGUGAACACAUUGUGUUCUGCCAAAUAUUUCAUUUCUGCUUUCAUUGCAUUUUUCCACCUUACUAUUUCCUGGUGUGGUAACUUUAAAACCUCCUCAUAAUCACAAGGUUCUUUCUUCACAGCAACAGUUUUAACUUCUUGUAUAGGAAACCUUUCUGGAGGUACCCCCUUAUUGCUUCUUUGUGAUCUUCUAACUUGAACACUCUCCCCCUCUGAACUAUCUUCCCCUUCUGAUUCAUCCUGCUCAGGAGAAAUUGGUUCAGCUUUAGGAGAUUGUGUACUGGGACCCUCAUCCCUUGAAUCCUCAUCACUGCCUCUUUUAGAACUUUCUUUAAUUUGUGGCUUUUCUUCCUCAGAUUUCACAAAUUUAUCUGUCUCAUCAGAAGAUAAAACAACUUCUGAAUUUCCAUGUAAACGGGCCCAACCAUCUUGCUCACAAAACUCUGCAUGUCUUGAUAUCACAACUCUGCCAUGCCCUAGUGCAAAACGAUACCCCUUUGACCAAGUUUGAUAGCCAACAAACCUAAGUUUCCUUGCCUUGGGUUCUCCUUUCCUUCUCUGUCCUUUUGGGAUGUGAACCCAAGCCCAACAACCAAAAGUUUUAACAUGGUCUAAAAAGGGUUUUUUUCCAUAAAGCAAAAAAUGAGGGAUAUUAUUUAUGGUAGAAUGAAACAAUCUGUUCUGUAUGUAGUUAGCACACAGAAUUCCUUCCCCCCAAUACUUCCUGGAUAAGCCAGAAUCACAUAGCAUAGAAUCUAGCAUUGUUUGUAAAGACCUUAUCUUGCGUUCUACAACUGAAUUUUCUUCAGGCGAAAAAGGACACGAUUUACGGUGACUAAUACCACGCUUUUUCAACCAGAUCUGGAGGGCUUCAGACAUGAACUCACCUCCACGGUCACUCUGCAAUUGGGUAACUUUGUAGGGAAACUGCCUUUCUAUAUAGUUGACCCAAUUCUUAAUCAGUUGACCAGUUUCACUUUUGUGUUUUAACUAGUAUACCCAAGUAUACCGGCUAUAAUCAUCCACAAGAACCAAAAAAAACUUUGCUCCUCCUUCAGACUCUGCAAAUGGCCCACAAAGGUCUGAGUGUACUAAAGCAAAUGGCCUCUUGCUAAUUCUAGUACUUUCAGGAUAGGACCCCCGCUUACUUUUAGACUCCUUGCAGGUAUUGCAGUCCAGAAAAACUGAGCAUUUUUUCAUUUUAAUUCCCUUACUUAAUUCUGGCAUUUUUGCAAUACUGCGGAAAUUGGCAUGCCCCAAACGACGAUGCCACAGAUGCUGGCACUCAUCAUGCAAGGCUCUAUUACAGGCUUUAACACAUGCCCCAGACUCACUUACUAGCUGGUCUUUCAAAACAAACAAACCAUUUUUUAGUGAUGCUGUAACCACUUUUCCAGCUUUCUCUAUUUUACAGCCUGAACCAGAGAAGGUUACUUUAAAUCCCUGUUUAACAAGACUUGUAACUGAAAGCAAAUUAUUUUCUAAACUUGGUACACAUAAAACAUUGGUAAAUUUGGUACUUAAACAGUUGAUAUUCACACUACCCUUUCCAGCUGACUCAUGCACUGUUCCAUCAGCUAGUACUACAUUUACAGAUUUAGAAGGCUGCUUUUCUACAAGGGUUUGUGCAGAACAAAAAUGUUUGUCGCUGCUGAGUCUAAAAUCCAGUCUUGUCCAACGUCGUGACUGGUGCCUCGAACUGCUGCAGAAACAUACUGGACUCGACUCUUCCUGUCUCCUCGCUUCCCAGCAAACGCAGGCCGCCCUUUUCUUGUGUUUUCUCCCACAGACACACUGACAUACUAAAUGCUUAGUUGACCCACAACGAUAGCAUCUUCUGACUGUGAAAGCUGCUUCCUCUCUGUGGUCAACAACCUCUUUAGGUUGCCGCUCCUCAUCAGUUGCAUAUCUUUUACUGGACUGCCUCCCAUUUCUGGAGUUACGGUGAGGGGUUGUGGCCUUCCUCUCAUGGCAUCUUUCCUCCUCAUCAAGCAAACGCCCAGUUAAGAAAUGCAUUGUUAAUUGGCUUUCUGGGAUUGCCUCCAAAGUCAUCACUAAAUUGUCCCAUGACUCAGGAAGUGAAGACAGCACAAUAUAAACCUUUCUCUAUUCAGAAAAAUGUUCCCCAAGUUCAUUUAACUGUGAAAAUAAAUCACGCAUUCUUUGAAGGUGUGUUGAAACACAUUCACCCUCACUUAGUCUGGCUCGGUACAGAGCUCUCAUUAGAGUAAUUUUGCUGCCAGCAGUGUCUCUAAUGUGUAUCGCUCUCAGUGCUUGCCAAAUCUCACUUGCUGUUUCAAGGUCUCGCACAUGAGAUAACUGAGACUUCUCUAAACUCAAAAUUAAAUUGGCAUAGACUUUGUCCUCCAGCCUUUGGUCUGCUUCAUCUACUUCUUCAUCCUCCUCUUUUACAGGAGGGUUAACAAUAACAGUCCAACAUUGUUCUUUCUUUAAAAACGCCUGCAUCUGUACACUCCAUGACAUAUAAUUGGACUCUCCCAGUUUCUCUACUGGAAAAUAGGAAGCUCCCCCUUGAGCUCCAGCUCCAAGUCCAGCCAUAGCUCCAUCCAGCUUUCAGCUUUCCACUCAGUCCUUACUCACACGUGGCUUGAAGAAAUGUUCGGCUCCUGGUCUCAAACAGACACUCCCUGCCGACGCCUUCACACAGCCAGCUGCUUGAGAAACGCUGAGUCGCUUCCAGUCUCUGGGUUCUUUUCACGCUCUGUCUCUGCCCACUCAGGACUGGGGACUGGGCCCAUAACCUGUUGGAGGGGGAGAUUUCCAGCUGGUGGCAGAGGACAGAGUGACUCCAAGAGACAUAGGUGUAAAAACCCAAACUAAAACGAAGACUUUAUUACAAAAUAAUAAACACAAACUCUGGUGGGUGUUAUUCCUGCAGGCAGGCUACAAAACUCAGCUUUUUUCCUUUAUAGCAACGGCCAGCUGCAGCCAAUUAAUCCCAGAAACUUCUUAAAGGUAUACACACAUGUUUCUGUGCCGAAUAUCCCCUAACAUUGUAUAAUAGUGAGAGGCUCACACGAGCCUGCAACCAGCUAUCUGCUAUGCGUGUAAGAAGGGGAAUGUAAACUCUGCUAAGUAAAGGAUCUUGCUAGCGCAAGUUAGGAAGGAUAUUAAUUAACGAUAUAUCCUCUCUUGCCACCCUGAACAUUCCCACAAGCUCCCCUUCCCCUGUUCUCCCAGAAUAAGGAGGGAAGCAGAACAGAGACCAGAGGUGCUCAGGCGCAGUUUGAGGUGGCUUGGGAAACAUCCGGGAGAGGAGGAGCCUUAGGUGGAAGGCAGGGACCUUCAGCCUGGCUGCUCCAUGGGGCCAAGACCUGCUGGGAAGGGUUGCUGAGACCACUAGGCUGAGUUGCCUGCCAUUUCCUUGAAGAGUUAACUUGGCCAGCAUCUGCCUCUGCCUCUUCAUUGUGACCUGCAUCUGACCAGGACAAUGAGGCAGAGGAAGUAACUCCGGAUGGGGGGGUGUCUUCCUUCCAGGGGGUGCCCUACUGCAGACCACCCUGUGUCCCUGGGCAACGGGACGGCCAGCAACGCCACAGCCCCAGAGCACUCCGUCCUGAGCUAUGAGGACACCACCCUCUGGCCACUGGUCACCGUCAACUGCACCCCAACCAUCUGGAGGGUUUAUGUGCUGCUGAUGCUGCUGGUGGCCUUCUCCGUCUCGUUCUUUGUGGAGGUGAGCAGGCGAGCGUGAUUUCAGGAAGCUGCCUUGCGCCAAGUCUGGCUGCUGGCCCAUCUAGCCCAAUGCUGUCUACACGGACUGGCAGCAGCUGUCCACGGUUUCAGGCAGGGGUCUCUCGGUCCCAGCGGGGAUUGAACCUGAGAGCUUCUGCUUGCAAGGCCAAUGCUCAGCCUCUGAGUUACAGCUUUUCAUUUCCCCAGGAACUGGCUCAGAGUUUUCCCUUCCAGCAGAGUGCUACCUACUCCCAGGGGUUGUGGGAACCUGCUGGUGGUGGUUCAGGGGAUGUGGAGGGGAUUUGGGGGGUUAAAGAGGGUCGGGAAAGCAAUCCCUCGGGCUCAGCAUCCUCCUCCUGCUCACCAACAGAUGAUGAUGAUGAUGAUGAUGAAUUAAAUUGAUACACUGCCCUUCAUCUGAAAAUCAUAGGGCGGUUUACAACAUAACAAAUACAAAAUGAAGACACAAAAUCCUAAUCCUAAUAAUGACCCCAAUAAGCCCCUGUGGUGAGUAUGAGUUACUCGUGCGUAAACUGGUGCCUCUCUAGGCUAAUUUGCCUUGUUAAACCUUUCUGACUGCACAGCCCUUUCUCAUCAUGACUGUCUCAGUCACUAGCAGAAUCCGUCAGUGGGCGUUUCUUGAAUCUCUUCCAACAUAAGAGUUGUUUGACACCCAGUCUCCUCCGCCUCUCACUGCGCGGGAGCCUUCUGCGCAGGGAGGGCGUAGGUAGCGGAGGACCUGUCCCCUCCUCACUGAGUUCCAGUGAAGAGUCCGUGAGCCCUCUCUCCGAUUUCCCCAUCUGCCCACUUUUGUUCCUGGUGUUGCGCUUAAAUGCUUCCCCCUCCACUGAGCUGCUUCUCCCCCUGCUGGGUCCUUCUCCAGCAUCAUCUAGGAGCCUCCCCUUCGCCUCCCGCUCUGAUGUCAGUUCCCUGACAUCCACCUCCCCCCCAGAAUCCCCUCCACCCCUGGACCGACCUGUGGGACCAACUUCGUCCCCUUCGUCGGCCGAGGAGGCGGGGAACCCCCGGAAGGAACUGUCACCAUCUUCUGUGGAUUCGAAACCCGCUUCCCAAUCGCUCUUCCACCUACCAACGGGGUGGUCUUCCCAGUCUGAUGCUUCUUCCUCCGAAACCUCUCCUCCCUCCUCCUCGGAGUCAGAAAAUCCCUCAAAAACCUCUUCCUCAUCUGUGGUUCCAAAUUGCUCCUCCCAGAAUCUCUCCAGGGGUUUGGGUUUGUCCGGGAACCGGCGGUGGAAUACCUCCACCAGAUACCUGUCCUCGACGGCUUCCGUGGGGACCCACGUGUUUUCGGACCUGGGUUCCCCUUCCCACGCUACCAAAUACUCCACCCGGCGCCCUUGCCACCUUGAGUCCAGUAUUUCCGUGGCCCUGUGGUGGUGUUCCCUUUCUUCUACCUGCGGGUGUGUGGUGACUUCUCCCUCUUGCCCCUGGAAUUCCCGCCCUUCCCUAUGCGGUGAGAGCAGGGACCUGUGGAAAACCGGGUGUAUUUUCAUGCUAUCAGGCAACCUGAGCUUAAAUGCCACGGGAUUAACUUGCUGUGUUACCUCAAAAGGUCCCAGCCGUCUGGGCUGCAACUUCUUGCACCCCCCUUUGAAAGGUAGCCCUUGGGUGGACAACCACACCCGGUCCCCCACCCGUAUGGUCUCCCCUUCCCUGCGGUGCUUGUCUGCCUGCCUCUUGUAAGUUUCCUUGGCCCGCUCCAAGUUCAUCUUAAGUUGCUGGUGUAGGGCCUCCAUUUCUUCCACAAACUGCUCUGCAGCGGGUACGCUCCAGCUUUCCUCCCCACCCCCGGGAAGGCCCUGGGAUGACACCCAUGGUUGGCCAUGAAUGGGCUCAUUCCCGUGGACACGUGUUCCGCGUUGUUGUACGCGAAUUCAGCCAGCGCUAGUUUUUCUACCCAAUCGUUCUGCCUCUCGCUGACAUAGCAGCGUAGGUAUUGCUGGAGUAUACUGUUCGCUCUUUCUGCUUGCCCGUUGGUCUCUGGGUGUCUCGCCGUCGAGAAACCCACCUCCACCUGCAGUAAGCUCAUGAGCUUCCUCCAGAACCGGGAAGUAAAUUGUUUUCCGCGGUCGGAGAUAACCCUCAAGGGGGCGCCAUGCAGCCGGAAUAUGUGCUCCACAAACAACCGGGCUGUUUCCUCUGCCGUUACAGCAUGUGAGCAAGCUAUAAAAUGGCACAUUUUUGUCAGUAGGUCGACCACUACCAUGACUGCUGUCUUUCCCCGGGACUUGGGCAAAUCUGUCAUAAAAUCAAUGGAUACCACCUCCCAGGGUUUCCCCGGCGUGGGUAAGGGUUCCAGCAAUCCUGUGGGGGCAGCCCGCUUGCCCUUUGGCAGCGGUCGCACCCCCGUACAUAUUCCCGUACAUCCUCCCUCACCCUGGGCCACCAGAACUGCCUGGUCACAAGCAUCAUGGUUUUGUGCUGUCCAAAGUGCCCUGCUGUGGGGUUGUCGUGGAGUUGUUUGAGUACCUUUCCCCUCAGGGUCUCCCCCGGUACGUACAGCGCUCCCCUAUAGUACAGUACCCCUUCCUUCUCCUCAAACCCUUCUUGGGUCCCUCUUCCGUCUCGUAGUUCCCGGAUUUUAGUUUGCGCGAACACGUCGUUUCUGGUCAGCCCGGCUAGUUCUCGUUUCCCCACCAAAGUUCCCCACACACCCAUCGGUCCUCGGGGAUCACGUGUCGUUUCUCCGGCGGCCCCUCUCCUUCCAGGUACUCCGGUUUACGCGAGAGAGCGUCUGCUCUUACGUUUUCCUCUCCGGGCACGUAGCGGAUUUCAAAGAAAAACUUGGAGAACUCCUGUGCCCAUCGAAUCUGUCUCUGGUUGAGUACUCGUGCGGUUCUCCAGUACUCCAAGUUCUUGUGAUCUGUGCAAACCUGGAUCUGUUGUUGCGCCCCUAUCAGUAGAUGACGCCAACGACGAAAGGCCACGUAGAUUGCCAGCAGUUCGCGGUCAUACACUGUAUAGUUUUGCUCCGACUUGCUCAGUUUUCUCGAGAAAAAGGCACACGGUUUCCAUUCCUGCUUGCCCCUCCCUGGCUGCAAAGGUCCGCCCCUACGGCUCUGUCGGACGCGUCGGUCUCUAGCCUCAGGGGUUUCUCCAGAUCUACGUGCAGGAGUUGCUCUUCCGAUGCGAACGCCUUCUUCAGUUUUUCGAAGGAUUGCUGGGCCUCUUCUGUCCACACAAACUUCCUUUUGCUACUGAGACAAUCCGUGAUGGGCGCUGUCAAGUGGGCGAAGUUCUUGAUGAACUUCCUGUAGAAGUUGCUGAACCCUAGGAACCUCUGUACGUCCUUCCGUGUUUUGGGAGCCUUCCACUCCAGCACUGCCUGCACCUUGCUUGGGUCCAUCGCUAAGCCUUUGUCAGACAACUUGUACCCCAGAAACUCGACUUCUCUGGCGUGAAACUGACAUUUUUCCAGCUUGACCCACAACUGGUGCUUCUGCAGUCGUUGUAACACUUCCCUGACGUCUCUAACAUGUUGCUCCUCAUUGUCCGAAUAAAUUAAGACGUCGUCCAAGAAGGCUACGCAGUUCUUGUACAGCAGAGACCCCAACACGUGGUGCAUGAAAGCUUGAAAACAGGCGGAGCCCGACUGUAAUCCAAAAGGCAUAACUAAGUACUCAAAGGCACCUAGGGGUGUGAACAUUGUGGUCUUCCAUUCGUCCCCCUCCCUCAUCCUGAUCAAAUUGUAUGCGCCCCUGAGGUCCAGCUUGGUAAAAAUUUUGCCUUUCCUCACUCGCGUUAAAAUGUCGUCAAUCCUGGGCAUUGGGAAGGUCACGGGUUCUGACACCAAAUUGACAGCUCUAUAGUCCACUACGAGCCUGGGUUUAUUUGUGUCCUUUUUGUCCACAAAGAACACCGGACUGCCCCCUACUGCCUUUGAUUCUCUUAUGAAGCCUCUUUUCAGGUUCUUGUCAAUAAAUUCUCGCAACUCCUUCAUCUCCCUGUCUGACAUGGCGUACAGCUUACCCACUGGCAGCUGAGCCCCCGGAAGCAAGUUGAUCUGGCAGUCAAAGGGCCUAUGGGGUGGCAGUCUAUCUGCCUCUUUCUCGCUGAAGACCUCCCGCAGAUCUGCGUAUUGUGGCGGCACCUCCCUUUCCGCUCCACCGCCAUCCCAGCCACCCUGGCCACGGUCAUUCUUGGGGCUUCCCCCCCUAGACAGUGUUCCAGGCAGUAAGCUGACCCAAAGGUGACUGUCCUCUGAUGCCACGCCACCACUGGAUCAUGUUGUGCUAGCCAGCUCAUCCCUAAUAUUAUUGGGGGUCCUGCUAGUGAGGCGACGUGAAAGGCGAUGGUCUCCGAGUGCCUGGACACCCUCAUUCUCAUUGGUGGGGUCUGGUGUGUCACUUCCCCUCCUAGAAGCUCCCUGCCAUCAAUGGUGGUCACUUGCAAGGGAAAAUCCAAAGGCAGUAAGUGGAGCUGGUGCUCUAAUGCAAAGUCUUUGCUGAAGAAAUUACAUGAGCUGCCUGAAUCCAGCAUCCCUUUCACCUUGACUGGGUGCCCGUUCGGGAGUUCUAGCACCACUUCGAUGGCUAUUGCCGCCUUGGGGGUCUGGUUGGGGCACUUUUACUGGUGGCUGGCCUGGCUGUUGUGCCCCUUGAUUGGCAGCCAAGCGUUCCCGUUUCCCUGUUCCUGUUCCUUUACCACCUCCUCCUCACCCCCUGCGGUUCCCACCAUUCCUUGCCAAGCCUUUCUUUGAGGGCAGGCUCUGGCAAAAUGGCCUGGCCGCUGGCAAAGGUAACACUUCUUGGAGGUUUUCCAAUCCUUUCCCUCCUUCUUGCGCCCUUCGCUGGUGCUUGAAACUUCCGCGCGCGUGCCCCAUCUAUUUCCAUUGGCUCUGCUGGCGGGGAAGGCUGCCUUGGUAUUUCAGGAAUGCGGUAGUCAUGGCAACGUUGCUCUCUCCCUUCCCGCCUCUCCUGGGCCCGCGCUUCCUGGCGCACGCCAAUCGCAAGCACAGCCUUGGUCAGCUGAUCCAUCCCCUGUGGGCGGGGUGCGCGGGAAAGUUCAUCCUUAACCGUUGGGGACAACCCCUCCUCGAAUAACAUCUGUAUGGGUUCGGAGCCCAGUUCCCACCCGAGGCGGUGAACUAUCAUGGCAAAGCGCGACCAGUAGUCCCUAACUGACUGGCUCCCCUGUUUACAGUUCAUCAAUUCCCGCUUUGUCACACUUUUUUGAACAUCAGUGGAAAACAUUGCGUCCAUUGCUUGGAAGAAUUUCCUCAGGUCCUGCAUGGCGGCAUUCUGCGUCGCCAUAAGGGGCCUGACCCAUUCCCUGGCCCCGUCCUGCAGGUGACCCACAACAUAUGCCACCCGCGCCGCGUCGUCUUCAAAAUCGUUAUGCUGCAAUUCCAAUGCGUACUCUAUUUCCGUUCGAAACGCACUGUAUUCUUGCGGCUUCCCCCCAAACUUGUGCACCAGUCCCGGUACCUUCCUUGCUAUGGGGGUGGGUCUGACCUGUGCAUCUUGAGACCGCCUUUCGUCCAGCCGCGCCGUCAGAAUGGCCACAUGCUGCUCCAACUCUCGGUUCCUCUCCACCAGCGUUUGCCCUCCAGCUGCUCCCCCCUGGGUGCCUGCUUCUCCGGGCUUGCUCAUGAUGCUGCCUGCCUGCUGCUGCGCACGAGCAACUUUUCAGGGACUGACGGAUUGCUGUGAUGAGUAUGAGUUACUCGUGCGUAAACUGGUGCCUCUCUAGGCUAAUUUGCCUUGUUAAACCUUUCUGACUGCACAGCCCUUUCUCAUCAUGACUGUCUCAGUCACUAGCAGAAUCCGUCAGUGGGCGUUUCUUGAAUCUCUUCCAACAUAAGAGUUGUUUGACACCCAGUCUCCUCCGCCUCUCACUGCGCGGGAGCCUUCUGCGCAGGGUGGGCGUAGGUAGCGGAGGACCUGUCCCCUCCUCACUGAGUUCCAGUGAAGAGUCCGUGAGCCCUCUCUCCGAUUUCCCCAUCUGCCCACUUUUGUUCCUGGUGUUGCGCUUAAAUGCUUCCCCCUCCACUGAGCUGCUUCUCCCCCUGCUGCUGGGUCCUUCUCCAGCAUCAUCUAGGAGCCUCCCCUUCGCCUCCCACUCUGAUGUCAGUUCCCUGACAGCCCCCUACCCCAAACACAUUUUAAAGGGCAUAGCAUGUUCUUCAUCCCAACGCCUGGUUGAAGAGGACCCUUUUCACCUGGUGCCUAAACAUGUGUAAUGGAGGUGCCAGGUGAACUUCCCUGGGGAGAGCAUUCCACAAGUGGGGAGCCACCACAGAAAAGGCCCUGUUCUCAUGGGGCCACCCCUCUUGCGGAGCAGGCACACGACAACGGGCCACAGAAGAUGAUCUUAGGAUCCAGGUCACUUCACGUGGGGAAUAUUGUGGUCCUGAGCCAUUUAAGGCUUUAGAGGUCAAAAGCGGCGCUUUGAAUGAUGCCCGGAAACUAAGUGGCAGCCGGUGCAGUCGGGCCAGGAUCGGUGCAAUAGCCUUAAACCAUCUUGCCCCAGUGAUUAAACUAGCCACUGAAUUCCCAAAGCGGCAACUUUCCCCCCAUAAAACGCUGCAGCCUCAAUGCCUCCAGAUGCUUUUGGGAUCAGAGGCAGCUCUGCUUUGGAAGGCCAGGAGGCUUGAAAGAUGCUCUUGCGCUCGGAUCCUGCUUGUGGGUUUCGCUCAGGGGCAUUUGGUCAGCCACGGUGAGAACAGGAUGCUAGACUGGAUGGGCCCCUUUCUCUUUUAUAUAUAUAAAUUUUUAUUAGUUUUUUAACAUGUCAUUUUCAACAGUAAUUAAACAUACUUUUACAUCUUUUUCAAUUUUUUUGACUUCCAUCAGUCCUGCCUGAAAAUUUUCCAAUCUAAUCUCUAGUAUGAAUUUCUUAUUUUCCCUAUUACAUUUCAAACUCAUAACCAAUAUCUCUAUCUUUUUCUACUUUGUAACACUUUGUAUAUUUCUCCUUACAAAACUUCUUGUAGUCCUACUAGCGUAAUUUGUUGAUUACAGUUCUCUUCAAAUAAUUCAUAUACUUCUUCCAAUCUUCUGUAAAUCUCUGGUCCGGCAAGUUUCAAAUCCUUCCUGUCAUGUUGUCCAAUUCUGCGUAGUCCAUUAAUUUCGUCUGCCAUUCUUCUUUCGUCUUCUUGCUUCCAUUUCUGGGCUAACAAUACUCUUGCCGCUGUUGUUGCAUAUAAGAACAGUUUGACAUCUUGUCUAUUAAUACCUUGGCAUAUAAUACCAAGUAAAAAUGCUUCUGGUUUUUUUAAGAAUGGAUGGGCCCCUUUCUCAUGCUCCCAUGUUCUUCUCGGUAGUGGCGCCCGCCCUGUGGAACGCCCUCCCUUCAGAUGUGAAGGAAAUAAGUAGCUAUCUUAUCUUUAAAAGACAUCUGAAGGCAGCCCUGCUCAGGGAAGUUUUUAAUAUUUAAUGCUGUAUUGUUUUUAACACUCGAUUGGAAGCCGCCCAGUGUGGCUGGGGAAACUCCGCCAGAUGGGUGGGGUAUAAAUAAAUUAUUAUUAUUUAUCAUUAUCAUUAUCAUUUAUAGGACGGCAUCCUGCAGAACCACCGCCUCUGGCUUCUGAUCAAGGCCCUCUUCCGCUUCCGCUCCUCCAGCCAGUACUGGAAGCUGCAGUGGCAGCUGGAGGAGGACGCAAAGUGGCCGCCCACCAGCCAGAAGGACUUUGCAGAACAGCCCAAGAGUGGCGCUUAUGUCAACCCUGUCUAUGAUGAGGCGGGAGAGAACUAG